CAAAGUAACCCGUACCCAGGAAGAAAUUUGAUCUUUUGUAAUUAUUUAUCAUCAAUCGAGAUCAAUUCUGUAUUCCUUUUAUGUGGACAGAUACAUAGGAAUCCUGCAAGCAGGGCACGUUCUGCCGAAUCACAACGGAUCCAGCUUCAAUUUCCAGUUUCCAGUUGCCCACGGGCCAUCAUCCAAAACUGCAAAGAAAUCAUGACUGCUGCACCACCGCCCCUGCUCGGGUCCGUCCACUUCACCGAUAGUGAAGCUCUCGCCAGGCAAACGUUCUCCCCGUUCCGAUACAAUGUUCCGCUGUUUGUAUACAAAAAGCUAAUGAAACCCGGUGUUCGACGUCGUGAUGGUCUGGGGGUCCUAGCAAGCGGUCGUCGACAACUACACCAGCGAAUGCUGAUAAAAAAUUAUGACAGGAUGUCAAAUUGCAAAGAUCAUGUAAAUAUCAAUUUGGAGCUGAAUCCACACCGUACGUGGGAACAGGAGCAGCAGACAGCACCUUUUCGCGAGAACCCUUUUAAACGGGGCUGCCCGAAAUCACUACGAAAUGGCCACAAGGAAUGGAGCUUGGCGCCCAACAGAUACCGAUUGGCCAACAACAUCUCGGAUUACGCCAACAAAUCAACUGGCACCAAGGGGCUUUAUCAAUGCUUCACAGGCGAGCGUUUUGCACCGUUUCCGGGAGAAGCCCUGCAGAAGAAGAACCGUAAGGGCAGUGAAGUGGGAUUCCAUGAUAGAGCACUCGAAAGCAAACUACCAGCCGAAAUGGAUCGGCUCGGUCAUCCGAUGCGAUACUUUGUGGGGAAAAUACGACCAGGCGACAAGAACACGCAACGUGCUUCUUCUCGGCUGGCACUCGCACAACCCACGUUUUGCUGGCGCAACCCCCAUGAACCGGGUCCAAAUCACUACUUCAAAGGCAUAUUUGACAUCCCGCCGAAGAAAGCUCCUCCUAUCGUGAUAGGUCGUUGCCAACAGCGGAUCCGUGUUAAGCAAUUAAUCGCCGGACCAUCCGUUCCAGGAGCGGCAUCCGUUCAUCACUCAUACUGUGUGGAACCUUUCCUAAGGCCACCGCCCGGCCGUUAUCAACUGCCAGUCAGCAUACCAAUGCCAAAACCGGUGCUGCCCGACAUACAACCUCGUCCGAGCGCCACCCACCAGUAUGACUUCUCAUACAAUUUUGCAUGGAAUCCGUACCGUCAGCCGGCAACGUUGCUGAUGCACACCGUCAACAUACCGGUGCGACGCCAGAGGCGAGGGCGCAACAUGAAGGUAGCCUUCGGAAGCGCGACCGCCCGUUUCAAGGAUAGAGAAUUUUACCCCAUUGGAGCACUCAAAUAUGUAUUUCGUAAGGACGCGCGUCCUACGAAGAAGGAAUCGACCGGGGAGGGUGUUGUUAAUCAGAAAAACAUGUUGCAGAACGUUGUCACCGUUGGCGAAACGAAAUCGUCGGCUAAUCUCUGCCGAACACCCACCAAACUCUUUGUCAUUCCACGGAAACAUCAAACAAAGCGGAUUUUAAGUGUACCGGAUCUGGGUACGGUCAUUCCCGGUGAAACGGAUCAAAGGACACGUCAAUCCAGCCUCGCGGAAAGGAAACUAUCGUCAACAACUAUGGUAACGGUUCCGGAUCUCGAAUCCGACAAUUUCGGUGAAGGAGGCAGCUCCGUAAUGGAAAUUCCAGAAAUUAUUGUAACAAGGGCGAGCUUUUCAUUUUAA